AAGUAAUUUUCGGUCUAACCUAACCAAUUUCUUUUGCAAAAAUGCAAAUAAUCACAUGACUUUUAAGUGCACCUUUCUUGCUUGUGAUCUGUUUCUUUCAGCUCAAAUCAGGUCCGAUAGAGACAAGUCGGUUUUUCCUCAGGAGGAGGGCUGAGAGUUUUUUUCUUGUGAAAAUUAAUUAUAUGUCAUAACCAAUUAAUUAAUAAUGCUUUGAAAUCUGAAAAGGAUAGCUCAAAUUUAGGGCUGUCUGAGACCAGCAGCCGACAUAUGUGCUCUCUCUCAUCUAUAUAAACAAACAGUUAGAGAGGCUUGAAGAAUCAUUAAUUAAAGAAAUGAAGAGUAGUGAUGAUCCAAGUGUGAUUCCAGCAGUGACAGUGGUAGUGGAAGGGCGUUCAAUAUGCCAAAGGAUAAGCCUUGAGAAGCAUGGCAAUUACAGAAGCCUUGCUAAAGCACUUAGGCAGAUGUUUAUAGAUAGUGGUGACAUUGAGUCGUGUUGUUCAUCAUCUCAAGAUUUUGAUCUUUCAAAUGCUCUUCCUGGUCACCUUAUUGCUUAUCAAGACAUGGAAAAUGACCUCCUCCUUGUUGGUGAUCUCAACUGGAAAGAUUUCGUGAAGGUGGCUAAAAGAAUCCGCAUUUUGCCAGUGAAGCCGACCUCACGGAAGGGAAAAAUGGAGAAUAUUUAAUCAUUUUUUUUGUUUUCUUUUGCUUUUUCCUUCUUUCUUUAUUUGAGUCAUUAUGUUUGGAAUGCAUCCCCAAAAAAUGCAUUUAACCAAAGAUAUUUGUAAUUUCUUUAGUAUUAUGUUUGUAGUUUUUUUUCUUUGUAAGGAAUGGUAUGUCUCAACACUCCAAUUUUCUCUUUUGUUCAAUUGAACGUUUAGCUCAAUAGAGGGAGGCAGAUAUUUAUUUAUUUAUUUAGAUAUAUAAAACGCCAGCUUCAUAUUUUUGGUUAA